GAUGGCUGACGAUAAAACGACAUCGGAUGAGAGUACAGAUGGAAAGGAAGAGACUAGUCUAAUUGAGAAGAAGAAAAAGACUUUCUUUGAUUGCAAAUAUCUUUUAGAGCCGAUUAUAUUUCUCGUGUUUGCUGCUGUAACAACAAAACCAGCUAUAUUAGCUCAAUUUGUUUCGAAUUAUUACAAAGAUAUUCGAUUAGAACACUUGAAUACUUCCCAUCCAAUCAAUGUUAUGAAAGUUAUUCAUGGAAAUAGUUUUCUAUUCGGAUCAUUUUCCUACAUUGCUGAUAGAGUUCCAUUAGAAGAGCGCAUUCCCAGGAUUGUUGUUGCCGAAGUGAUAAUGAUUCUUGUGUCAUCAAUGUAUUCUAUUCUAGUCGGUGUUUGGAUUGAUAAAACGGGAUUCCUGCAGCCUUGUUUUGGAAUGUUAGCAAUUUAUACCUUCUCUCUCAUCUACACAUUUAUUAUACCUGAAUCUCUUGUCGUUUCACCCGAUGUAACAAAAGCAAAGUCUUUCUUUAGAAAAGAACAUUUUCGUACCGUCUACGAUGUCUUCUUUCAAAGUGGUUUGCGGGGGAAAAUCCUUCGAAUAUGCUCAGCUUCUUUCUUUCUCUACUUUGCUGCCUUUAGUGGUAAAUUAAUGCCAUUGUUACUUAGAAUUCAAUCUCCGCCUCUUAAAUGGAAAGCUGUUCGAAUAGGAGUAUUUUCGGGAGUCUCUUCAGCACUUUAUACAGUAAGUGCUCUCAUUUUAUUAAUAACUCUUGGAAGACGAUUGAGCUUGAUAUCAUUGGCUAUAGUUGGAAUGACUAGCUGCUGCUUAUCGAAUUUUGUCCAAUCUUUCGUAUUAUAUGAUUGGGUCAUCUAUUUAAGUAUUUUUAUAGGGAGUGGGAGUCUCAUAGGAUUUUCCGUAAUGAGGGGUUAUCUAUCAAUAUUAGUCACCAACAAGCAACAAGGAGCCUUAUUUUCGGGAGCUUCAAUAUUAGAUACAUGUGCAGAAUUACUUGGCGGGCUUGUGCUUAAUCAAAUAUUUGCCCAUACUGCAUUUAUAUUUCCAGGAUUGACGUUUCUAAUAGCCGGUGUAAUAGUACUCAUAGCUAUCGGUAUAGCAGUGAUAGCCAGACGCCUAGAAAUUGGACACGAAGAGGAAAUAAUGAUAAUAGAAUAUGAUUGA